AUUUAAAAUAUUUAAUAAAUAAUUCUAACAAUAAAAAUGUCUGAAGAAUUAAAACAACUUAAAACAGCAGGAUUUGAUGGUAAUUUUCCUAAUAUGAACCAGACAAAGCGUUGUUAUCAAAAUUAUAUUAAUUAUUAUAAGUGUAUUAAUAUACACGGUGAAGAUCAUGUUGCUUGUAAAGAUUUUUGGUCUACAUAUCAGAGUUUAUGCCCUAACGAAUGGAAACAACAAUGGGAUACACAGAGAGAAGCGGGAAAUUUUCCUGGAAUACUCGAAUAAUACUCAAACUAUACAUAAAAAACUAAAUAUCAUAAAUAGACAGC